AUGGGGAAAGAACGCUUCUCCGCCUUCGACGUGUGCGCGGAAGUGUCCUGCUUGAGACGCUCGAUUUUAGGCUUAUGGUGCGUACAAAUCUACGACGGCACGGAGAAGAACUCGUUACUCUUGAAAUUCAACGAACCAGCGGCAUCUUCUGAGGAGAGGACGGGAGGAAUCCGCGGCGGCGAAGUGAGCGAAGCGAGGAAAGUGAACCUUCUCGUCCAACCUGGAGUGAAACUGCUCGUAACGAGAUACGCGAAACCAUCGACAUCGAGCGGUAAAAGCGAUGGGAAUGGGAGUAAAGAACAACAAAGUGGAGGCCCGUCGAACUUUGUGCAAAAACUGCGGAAACACGUGAAGCAGAAACGGUUGAACGAUAUCCGACAGCUCGGGAUGGAUCGCGCGGUGUUGUUGACGUUCGGGGCGAACGAGACGGAGACGAAGUUGGUGGUGGAAUUGUACGCGAGCGGGAACGCGGUUCUGUGCGAUAGGGAGUUUAUGGUGAUGACGUUGUUGAGGUCUCACGUGGAUAAGAGGAAGAACUUGAGGAUACUGGGGAAAAGGAGGUACCCGGUGGAGCGGUUUCGAGCGUUUCGGAUGCCGACGAGAGAGGCGUGGGAAGACGCGCUGAGAGGGGUGUACCAGGAAGAGGAAAGAGCGGUAGAUUUAGACGAAGACGAAAUGGAAGACGAAAAAGCGUACGAGGAGGAGAAGAAGAGAAGAGAGUCAGAGCGGUUGGCGAAUAUCCGCGCGCCGCAAACGUUGCGAGAGUGCUUGUGUCGCGGAUUUUCGUUCGCGCCGGCGCAGUGCGAACACGUCGCGGCGAAAGCCGGCGUAGAGAAAGGCAUGCUCGCACCACUCCCUCUCGAGAGCGAGGACGUGAAAGGAAAAAUUUUCGAGAGCAUAGAAGAAGAGUUUCGUUGGUUUCGAGACGUGACGCAAGGGAACGUGUUUCCAAUUCCCGAGGUGACUUGCAAAGCGCUGACGAUGGAAUUGUUGACAUCGUCGUCGGGAAAAGAAGAAGACAAAGGGAAGAAGAAAGAACCACAAAUUGUCGAGGUAUUCGAGGACUUCUCUCCGCACCCGAUGAAACAAAACGAAAACAGGAAAACGGUCUCGAUCGACGAGAUUUUAGGUAGGGAUAGUAGUGGAGAAGAAAAAGAGGAGCAAAACGUGUUCAACGACGUUUUGGACGAGUACUACGCGAAGCUCGAGUUACAACAAGGCGUCGUGCAAAGAAAUCGCGCGGAAGCGCAAGCGUUGAAGAAAUUCGAGAAACUGAAGAAAGAUCAAGAGAACAGGUUGAAAGUUCUCGAACGCGACGCGGAAAAAGAAAUGCAGAGAGCGGAACUGAUCUCUCGGAACGUGGAUGAUGUGGCGAACGUGUUAAACGCGGUCAACGACGCGUUGGCGAGCGGGAUGGCGUGGGACGAUUUAGAAUCUAUGAUUCACGAAGAGAAAAGGAGAGGCAAUCCAGUCGCGAAGUUCAUUUCGAGCUUAGAUUUGAAGAACAACCAAGUGACGAUAAAGCUCGCUCCGAAAGAGGACGUUGAGAUUGACGAAACGACCGGCGAGGAAGUCGUCGUGAAGAAGCACAAACCGAUCGACAUCCCGCUCGAUUUGAGUUUAUCGGCGUUCGCGAAUUGCAACGCGCGUUUCGACCUGAAGAAAAAACACGAUACGAAACUUGACAAGACGGCUAAACACCACGACAGAGUCGUUUCGGACGCAGAGAAGAAAGCGUUGAUGAAAAUAGAGACUUUGAGAGAGAAAGCCCUUCCAGGCGCGAAAGCCGCGCGAACGCCGUUUUGGUUCGAAAAGUUCAUCUGGUGGGUCACCUCGGAGAAUUGUUUAGUUUUACACUCGACCGAUAACACGCAAGCAGAAAUGCUGUUCGCGAAAUACGCGAACAGAGCGGAAACUGGGAACGAUUGCUUCAUCUUUUGCGACGAAAACGGCGCGCCGGCGAUUACGCUCGUCAAACCGCCGCCGCGAUAUUCCUCGGCGAAUGGUAACGGCGAAAGCGCUACUACGCUGAAAGUGCCCUCUCUUUCACUCGCACAAGCUGCGCAGGCUACCGUCGCGAGAAGUGAGUGUUGGGCCAAGAAACGGUCCGCGUCGGCGUGGUGGGCGAGAGCGCGAGAUAUCUCCAAGCGUCGAUGGGACCUACCGGAAGAUGCCAGUUUGCUCCCGAGCGGUAGUUUUGCUCUCGUGAAAGGAGCGCGCAAGAAGUUCUUACCGCCGGCGAAACCGGAAAUGGGUUUCGGUUUACUUUUUGCCGUCGUCGCGAGUGGUGAAAAUACAUCCAGUCACGAAAAAGAGCGCGUGGUAAAAUCAGAAUCCGCGGAUGCGACGUUUUACGACGAAGACGGGGACGAAAGGCGGGGUCGUAAUAUUCGAGAAAUAAGCAGCGCGGAGGAGGAGGAGGAAGAGGAAGAGGAAGAAAACGAAGAAGACGAAGAGGAAGAAACGAAUGUAAAUGGCGAAAAAGUGGUAAACGAGCUCGCCACGCAGAUGGAGUCAAAAGCUUCGAUCGAUGCCGCAGGUAAAGGCAGAACGAAGCAAAACGAGGUUUUCGAAGGCACAAAAAAACGCCUCUCCGCUGCGCAGCGCAAACAGAUGAAGAAGAAAGGCGGGGGGUUGAACGGUAGCGGUGACGACGUCGACGUUUUUGACCCGCUCAAAGCGGCGGCCGCAGAGGCCGAGAGCAAAGAAACAAGCAUUUCUAACGACGACGAGAUUGAAGAGGACGAAGAAGAGAGCGACAUCGACGACGGGUGUAAAGAAAAGAAAACAAACGACGCCUCGUCCGUCUCGAAUCCCAACAAGCCAAAGAAGCGCGGAAAAUCCGCGAAAGCGAAACGCGCGGCUAAAAAAUACGCCGAACAAGACGACAAAGAUCGCGAACUGGCCAUAAAGUUACUCACGAUGAAGCAAAAAGAGUCGAAGAAAGAUAGGAAGAAAGCAGCUUUAGUGACAUCGUUGAAACCAGAGAUGUCUUCUUCUUCGGAUGCCGCGACGAUGAAAAAGAAGCAAAUCGUCCUUCCCGAAGCGCCGACGCCGGAAAUGCCAAACUUGAAAGAACGCGGCAUUAAACCUUUGGUGUACGAACCACCAGACACCAUCGACGACGACGACAGGAACAGUAGCGACGACGACGAAUCGACGAAAAGUCUCAACAUCGCCGUCAUCCACGAGCGUCGCGAUACACAAACCGAAAUCGCGUUGCGUCAACUCACCGCGCAGCCGUUUGAACUCGACGGCGUGUCCUUUUGUCUCCCCGUCUGCGCCCCGUUUCAAGUCCUCGCGAGUUACAAGUUUCGCAUCAAACUCAUCCCAGGAACGCAAAAAAGGGGUAAAACGGUGAAAGAUUGCGCGAACAUCCUUUUAAAAGCGCCGAUAUAUGCGUCGAACGAGGAAAAAACCGCCGCGCGCGAAGCGCUCGAGACGAAAAUCGAAGAGUGCGCUCGCUCGCUUCCGCUCGGCGGGUGUAAGAUUACGCUGCCUCCGGGCGCGAUGAAAGAGCUCCAAAAACAGCAAAAAGAGAUGAAAAAGAAUAAAGUCAAGACUAAAAAGUCCUAG